AUGAUCCGCCACUCGACAGGUAUUGUGCAUUUAGCGAUGGACACAGUAGACGAACGCACCCGUCACCUGAGCGACCACAUCUACCACAUGAUCACAUUCGCGGCGAUUGUCAUUUGUCGACUACUGCAUGGCUAUGAAGGCCAACUGGCCUCGUCCCAUAACAUCGAGGAGCUGGAUGCCUUGAUCCACAGCCUCGUGCAGUGGCUGUACUGCAUUGGCCUCCCUUGCCAUGCUGCCCAUACCUUGGGAAAUAUAAUUGGGAAAGUGCAUCAGAAACUGCGUCCUCAUGUGCAUACCGUAGCGCCUAUUGCGCAGCCGGAUGAGAUCCCCGGAGAUUUCAGCAAUUACUAUUUCCCCGAGUUUCUGGGGCUGGGGAUGUCGGCGGAUGGGGAUUGGGAUCUGCUCUCUAAUAUGGGUUUCUUUCCCCACGGUUCAUCUGGUUCUAGGGCUUGA